AUGAGCACAUUUGGCAGCCCGGGAGCGUUGCCUUCAACAAAGCCGACGCCUCCACAACGAGGGAGCUUUCCGCUGGAUCAUGAAGGCGAAUGCAAGAAGGCCAUGCAGGCAUAUCUUGUGUGCAUGAAAAAGGUGCGCGGCGUCAACGAGGAUGAGUGUCGUGAGCUGGCAAAGGGGUAUCUGAACUGUCGCAUGGACAGAAACCUCAUGGCUAGAGAUGAAAUGAAGAAUCUGGGGUUCGCAGAGCGUGAGAAGCCAAAAGAGCCAGAAAAGGGCGUCAAGGGUGAGCUACAGUGGUAG